UGAAGUUUGUUUAGAGCUUCUUUAAUAACUCCCAUUUGGGAUCUUCUUUGGACUAGUGGGUCUGCUUUGUUUCCUUCUCUAAACAACUCCAUUAUCAAGUUUUGUUUUUCAGCACUCAUUUUGUUCUGGCGUUUUGUGGAGAUGGGUGAAGAUAGUAAAAUGCUUGGACUGAGUUUGAUUUCCAGACACAAGCGUUCAAAAAGCUUUCCUGAUAAGAAAAAGGUUGAGGAAGAUAACUUGGCUGGUUCCAUGGAAGCAUCAAACCGUGUGAAAUUGGAUAUGGGGCACGUCAAGGCCUGCGUUACAUCUAAGCAAAAGCAAUCACCUAAGAAAGAAGUUUGUAAUUCUUUGAAACAGGAGAUUCUGCAGCUCGAGAAAAGGUUACAAGACCAAUUUCAGGUUCGUUGUGCCCUGGAGAAGGCAUUGGGUUACCGAUCUUCUGCCCAUGGUAAUAUAGCUGACGUUGAAAUGCCCAAGCCGGCUACAGAACUAAUUAAGGAGAUUGCUGUAUUAGAAGUGGAAGUGAUGCAUUUGGAACAAUAUCUUCUCUCAUUAUACCGGAAAGCAUUUGAUGGGCAAGUAUCCUCUCUUUCUCCGCCUACCAAGGAUGAAAGAUUGUAUUCACCUCUGACUACUCCUAGAACUAGCAUUUUGGAUGCUUCCAAAUCUGGCAUUACAUCAAAAAGGGAGAGUAUGGCAGUUCAAUCUAAUUGUCAGUCACUUGAAAAUCCAUGGAAGGAAUCAAAUGGAAUCGGGGGGGAGAAGUUCUUGGAUUCUAGUGUCCACCGUUGUCACUCGUCGCUGUCCCAGCGUUCUGCCUUUUCAACUAGAGCUUCUCCACCAGGAGAGUCUUCGGCUAAAGCCGUGCGUUACUGUCAUUCCCAACCAUUGUCCAUGAUGGAGUACGCUCAGAAUGCUUCAUCAAACAUAAUCAGUCUAGCGGAGCAUCUUGGUACGCGCAUUUCCGAUCAUAUUCCAGAGACACCUAACAAGCUUUCGGAGGAUAUGAUCAAAUGCAUGUCCACUAUAUAUUGCAAGCUUGCUGACCCACCUUUGACGCAUAAUGGCCUUUCAUCUCCUAAUUCAUCUUUGUCAUCAGUCAGUGGGUUUUCUCCAAGAGAACAGUGUGACAUGUGGAGUCCAGGUUUCAGGAAUAAUUCAUCUUUUGACGUACGAUUGGAUAACCCUUUCCAUGUCGAGGGACUUAAGGAGUUUAGCGGGCCAUAUAGCACAAUGGUUGAAGUGCCAUGGAUUGAUAGAGAGAGUCAAAAAUUAGGUGACAUAGAUCAUUUGCUUCAAAAUUUCAGGUCGCUAAUCUCUCGGCUUGAGGAAGUUGAUCCAAGAAUAUUGAACCAUGAUGAGAAGCUAGCUUUCUGGAUCAACAUACACAAUGCUUUGGUGAUGCAUGCAUUUUUGGCUUAUGGGAUUCCACAAAACAAUGUAAAGAGGGUGUUUUUACUCCUUAAGGCUGCAUAUAACAUCGGGGGUCACACAAUAAGUGCAGACACAAUACAGAGUUCUAUACUUGGAUGCCGUAUGUCUCGUCCCGGACAGUGGCUGCGCCUGUUGCUUUCCACAAAAUCAAAAUUCAAGACUGGCGAUGAACGACAGGCAUAUGCAAUUGACCGUCCAGAACCCCUUUUACAUUUUGCACUUUGUUCAGGAAGCCACUCUGAUCCUGCGGUUCGGAUAUACACACCCAAAAGAGUGUUGCAAGAACUGGAAGCUGCGAAAGAAGAGUACAUAAGAGCCACCUUUGGCGUACGCAAGGACCAGAAAGUUCUAUUGCCGAAGAUAGUUGAGUCCUUCGCGAAGGAUUCAGGUUUGUGUCCGGUUGGUGUUUUGGAGAUGAUUCAACAUACGUUGCCUGAAUCACUAAAGAAGAGUGUUAAGAUAUGCCAGAGCGGAAAAUCGCGCAAGUCCAUCGAAUGGAUUCCUCACAAUUUCGCCUUCCGUUAUUUGAUCUCUAAAGAGCUAGUGAAGUGAGUUCUUUCAUGAAAUCUCCUCUAAUACCCUGCAUAUUUCCCAGGGUUAAGAUUUUAUACAUCUCUUUUGUACAAAGUAGAAUAUGGGGCAAAAAAAGAAAAGAAAAAGAAAAAUAUGAACAGUGCAAUGUGUGGCAUUUUGUAUCUGCAUUUAGUAACCACUAUCUUAUACAAUAUUAUGCUAUGCAAAGCAUUUGUGAUUGCUGUG